AUGAUGCAGGGUGAUUUGGAGGCCAGCAAAAUCCAUUUCCAGGACAUUAUCCGCAAGCAGUGUCUGGAGGAAAAUCAACUGCGUAAGGAGUGCAAGAAAUUGGAGGAGAAACUGCUUGUGCCUCAGAGUCAGCGGCUCAGGCAGGCUGACAUCCGCUGUGUCCAGCAGCUCCGGGCUCUCCUGAAGCGCCGCGACGAGCUCGACAAGUGUGUGGAAAAAGAGAGACUCAUUCAAAUCCAGAGUGUUCAGAAGAAACUGAAAGAGCAUAAGCGGAAGGCUCACGCUCGCCACACUGAAGAGGUCACUCACAAGCUGGAAAAUAAACUGGAACGCACUCUCAUUCGCCACAACAAGAAGGUGGUGAAGAAACAUCAGCUGAAAGAGGAGAUAGAGAAGCUGCAAAAGGACCAUGUUCAUUUCCAGCAGCUGCACCACUGUCAGCAUGAGGAGCUUCAGAAAGUCCAGCAGGAGAUUGCUGAACUCAUGACCAUGAUAGAGGAAGAACAUGAUGUCAGGGAGAAAAUACUGACAAAACUGGAGAAUUUGAAGGAGAAGAAUGAGAAGAAUAAGAAGAAACGGCUUCAACAAAUCGCUGAGGUGGAUGAGCUGAAGAGGCAGCUUGAAGUGGAGCAACGUCUUGAUAAGUUCAUAGAAACUAAGUGUCGUGAGAGGAAAGGACUGGAGGAGGCACAACUCAGACGCGAAAUGAAGAAGCAGCAGUUGAUCAAAUUAGAGAAUGAAGCAUUAGAGGACCUUUUCCGCCGGCUCAGGGAGGUGACCGGCGAGGAAGAUUUGGAAAUGCUCGUGACCAAAUGUUUACAGCGUGAAGAAAAGUUCAUCUUUUACUAUAGAUACCUUACUGAGCAAAGAAGAGAGAUUGAGGAUUUGAAAGCUGAAAUCAGAUCGACAAAAGAGGAGAUGGAGAAGUUGAGAGAUCGGAGAUCGGAAGAACCCCCCACCCUCAAUCAGCAGAGAGACAUUGAAUCUCAGAUCCAGGAACUCACUGAGAUCCUGGAUCAGCUUAAUACAGGGGUGAGCGACUUGUAUCAUGAGAUCGGUUGCGAUCCUCCGUUGGACAAAGUGCUCAGUUGUCCAGGUUGGCUUAAAGACUCCAGCCUUACAAUUCACCUGAGGCUACUGGCCCAGAAAACCAGUGAGCUGGUCGCUGUCCAGAAUUUCAUCAAAUUCAAGGAUCAGGAUCAGGAACUAGCUCAGGUGCCGGCUCUUGUCGUUCAGCCUCCUGCCGAGCAGCCUCUUGAAUUUAGUGAUAUGGAUCAAGUGAGUAUCCCCGAUUAUGACAAGCGACCUUUGACCCUGGAAGAACUUCGCCAGUUCGUUACGAAAAUGAAAAAGUGA